GAUCGCUCACUCAUUCAACGCAGCUCUAACCACAUUCCGGCCUAUCUGGCGCCUGUACUAUCCCCCUAAAUUUACUCUCGACUAGAUGGAGCUCAGGCUCUUGGUACCAGCAUCUCCAGAACUACAGUCGCCAGGACCCAGUAUUGAUCUAGAUGGUCAGCGGUGGAUCCUGACGGAACCUCUCGAUGUUAAUGGCGGAGACAUACCGCCAUACGUCUGUGUAUCCUAUGUCUGGGGGAAGGACACGAUGCCCAACUUGAACCCCUUCCACCCCGAUAUUCCCAUGUCCUCCCGAACCCAUUCCGUCGUGUGUGCCACAGUUAGGAGCAUACGACCUUCCGCCAUUUGGGUAGAUGCGUUCUGCAUCCCUCCCUCACCGGUCGUUACAAGGCGGGCUACGCUCGAGAGUAUGGGAUACAUAUACGGACACGCAAAAUGCGUUGUCGCCGUCUUGUCUCCCCAUUCAUUUUCUGCAGUGCUCGAAAUGAGUAGGGUUAGAAAUCCUGAUGAGACCAAGUUCUAUCUGUUGGAUAUUCUUGAGAAGGAUUCAUGGGUGGAGAGCAUAUGGACAUAUCAAGAAAUUGUGAAUAACACCGAGAUUUUCUUCAUUGGUGAAGACUCUGGCGGGGCCGUUUUGGAGGGUCCGCUUGCGGCUCGCAGACGUUACCCCAAACUCGACGCCUUCGAGGACUUGGUUGCCGACUGGCGGUGUGACUUACCUUGUAGCCGCUGUGCGGCGGGGAUCAUCUCAAACCUGGAUCGUCGUGUUUACGACGACAAGAAGAACUAUUUUUACUCAAUGAUUGGGGCGGUGGCUGAUACACCAUCAGGAAGGUCCACAGCAUCGACAGUCGACUCUCUCGCAGAGAAGUUCAUGUCAAUUUGUGAACGGAAAGGCGAUUAUUCAUUCAUAUUCACCUCUACACCACGAGACGAACGUCCCGGUUACCGCUGGCGCCCUAGACCAGGCAUGGUUCGCGCACUCAUCACGUAUCGCUGUGAAGGAGAGCGAUUGGAAGGAGUUCGAGAGGGAGACAAUAUCAUGCUCAAAGAUAUCAUUAUCGCACGUCGAGCACCUUCCGUCAAUUCGAAUGGAAUUUCAUACAUCAGGGAAUGGCUGAAACUCGGGAAAAAUGCGGAGUACGAAACGGAUGAAAUACUGGCUUUGUUCCUCCAGGCGCUACGCACCUUGGAUUUUACUGGGAGCCAACAUUACAUUACCACAGACGAUGGCGCAUUCUUCCCUCAGAAUGAGAUUUCUCAGGACACCCCGGUGCUGAUAUAUAUAUCUCGUUCGUUGCGGUAUGCGAACUUCGGUGCACCAGGUUUGGCAGUUAUUGGCGAAGGGCAGCAUAAAGUCUACAUACCGGGCGUAUUUGCAGGCUUCAGAGAUGUAGAGAGUCAAUCGGAGAUACUCCUGUGAAGUAAAGAGUCCCUCGAACGAUGACAUUUCUGUGGAUUUGGACCAACGUCGCAGUAAUCGUGUAGACUAUCCUCUCUC